CUAAUCCACAACAAAUUAGGGCUCUUCCAAUUUGUACGAAAAAAAAGGAAAAAAAAAGAGCUCUGUAAUGGCGGAAGCCCAAUCGGACCAAUCCUCCACCACCCAAACCCCAGCAUCAUCAGGGUCCGACCCAGAUAUCUUACAGUACUGGUGCUACCACUGUGACAAGCGGGUGUCGAUCGAAACCCUAGCGGAUCUUCCUGAUGUUAUAUGUUAUGAGUGCAAGAGUGGAUUUGUUGAAUCAAUUUCUGCUACUACAGUUCCAUCUCCUGGUGACGCGCCAUCACGAGCCGGUUCUGAUCCUAUUGAUGACCCUGGUUUUGGUAAUCAGUUUAUUCACGUUCUCCGCCUCAUAGCCGAGGCUGCACGUGAGGAGGACGCUCCUCCUCCGCCUCCCUCCGAACACGCAGAUCUGUCUGAUGAUGAUUUUUUACGGAUCGAGUUGGAUGGAUGGGUUGAUGAUGAGGAUGAUGAAGAGGAGCAUUCAGUGGAAGGCCAUGAGGAUGAGAAUCAUGAGGUGGAGAAUGAAAAUGAGAACCUGGAUCAAUCUGAUGGUGAGCAUGGAGAGGUGAAUGCGGUGAACGAGAAUCGGAGUGAAGAUGAAGAAGAGGAGACGCGGAGAAGGCGGCGUGAUGUUCUACGGCUUCGGCUAAGGGACUUUGCUGCUCGAGCUGCGAGCAGGCGCAACAGGAUUCUUGAUUGGGCCGAGAUUUUAAUGGGGCUGGAGGACCACUCAAUCGAGUUGCGAUUACAGGUUCCAGAAUCUGAUACUUUUUUUGGAAACCCGGGUGAUUAUGUAGAUGCUGCAGGAUACGAAGCAUUGCUGCAUAAUUUAGCUGAAAGUGACAGUGGAGGAAGGCCAGGGGCACCACCAGCUUCAAAGGCAACAGUUGAAGGGUUAGAAAACUUGUUGAUUAAGAAGGAAGAGGAGACAUUGGUGUGUGCUAUAUGUAAAGAUUCAGUGAAUGUGGGUGAAAUGGCGAGGAAAUUACCGUGUGGACAUGGAUAUCACGGCGACUGCAUAGUCCCAUGGUUGUGGUCACGAAAUACUUGUCCCGUGUGUAGGUUUGAGAUGCCAACUGAUGAUCCAGAUUACGAGGAGGAGAGGAAGAAAAGAGUUGUCGUGGGAAGCCUUAGAGCACCUUCCUCGAGUUCUUCCGGUGGUGCAGGUAGUUAUAAUUCUGGCUUCGAUUGAUUUGCUGUGGUAUGCUAAAACCUUCUUCACUUUGUUUCCUAUUCUCAUGUUUAGGAGUUUUUCCUGUUUCUGUUCUUCUCUCUCUCUCUCUCUCUCUCACUAUUUAAAUUGGAACUCUGUUCGUGUAUUAGCUUAUUGUGAAUUGGGCAGAUGCCGCAGAUGAAUUGUAAUUUGGCUUCUUUUCUGUAAAUAAUAAACUUACUUUUUGGGAAAUUGAUAAUAUCGGCCUGUGGGCAUUUGAAAAGCCAAAAGCUGUUUUCGAGACUAAGAAGUGGUUUGGAUAAUUUUCUAAGAGUGCAUUGUCACUAGAAGAGCUUUUAGAGGAAGAAGGGCCAGUGUAGCUUUCUCACGAGGAAGCAACAGAAGCUGAAGCCUUGCUAACGGACCCUAUAAGUUCUAUACAACAUAAUUCUCUGCAUAUUAUCCAAUUUUUGCCAUUUUUAUUGUUCUUUUCUUGCGGGUUUCUCUUGCAUUUGUAGGAUUUGAUAUUUUUCACCACUCAGUGGAAGGUAUUAUCAUUUUGUUGGGCA